GCCUAUCUAAUCCUUUCAGCUGCUCGUCCUCUACAAGGUACACAGACAGGGCUGUUGUUCCAAAGGACAAGCUGUGAGAUGUUGACGUUAUGCAAAGGGAAUCAACAGAAAAACAUGAAAACAGGUAUGCGGAUAUGUCAUUGUAGCCUAUGUAUGAUAGGCGAGAAAAUGGGACACUCAAAAUGGAUUUGUCCAUUGGAUUUGUGGAUUUGUCGCUGUUUUGUGUUGGUUGAUGUAUUUUUUGUAAGGAUAAAGAACCUGACAGACUCAAUGACUCUCUCGGGGAUUGGAGCUAUUUGAAAAUGACAGCUGCAGCUUGUAGCUAAGGGCCUUGGCUAUUAUUUUCUUUCAUUUGUGGAGGUUUCUUUCCUUCCGCAUUUGUGGGAAUUUCGCUAAGAUCUUGUUCCCUCGGGAUAUAAACAUCAAUUGAGCAGCUGCAAUGGGAUGCUCCCCAUCUAAAGGUAACAAUUUUGUGGCUCAUGCCACCUUUGGGAGGGGCAGGACACUACUACCAGGGGGCAAAGAGAGCAUAGGGGAGUCCCAGUCUGAUUGUGGUGGGAGUGGAGGCUCCUCUGGAACAGGAGACACUUGGGAGAGGAGAGAUGGGGAAAGGAGACUGGCUGGGCAGAGCCAAUCUGUUCAGAAGGAAGCACCUUCAACCCCACAGAAAAGGAGACCCUCCCUGACUGAGUUGGUUCCAGAGGGGGUCAUCCUGGAUAAAAUAGUGGGGACUCAAGAGACAGAUAAGACAGGGCAACAUGGAAAAGAGAAACAAGGAGACAAGCAAGAUAUGGCUGACAAAAAGGGUGGACGAAAGCCAAAGAAAAAUGGUAAAGGAGUCAAGUUAGCUAAAAAGAAAGAGAAGGAGAAAAAAGCUCCCCUUGUGGAGCAGAAAGUUGACUUUCCAGAACCUUUAGUGAAAGCCCACCAGGCUGCUUAUGCCUUUUUAAACCCAAGUAUCAGCAAAUAUGAGAUUCUACUGGGGCUACUGGACCAAGCAACCCAGACCCAGAUGUCUGUGCAGCCAAUGGUGACCUUCAUGGCUAUGCGCUACGAGGAAAUCAACCGAGGGCUGGAGGAAAUGGCAGACGAGGGUGAAAGGCUUCUGAAGGACAAUGGGGAGCAUCUCGCCUGGCCAAGCCCAAUGAAAAACCUAUCCAGUUCUCCCCCUCUCAAAUCUGGUUCCAUCAAUGCUGAGCCUCCACCAGAUCUCUUGCAGCAGCUACUUCAGUAUACCACUCAAAGGAUGCAAAAUGUGGGCCAGUCUGUGGGUGGCAUUGGGGACUCUGCCUUGGAGGAGGCAGCUGAGUACUUUACCUCUGUCUCUGAGCUGCUGGAGGAUAAAUUAAAAGCCAAGCAUGCCGCGGAGACAAGACUGAUGCAGUUGCUGACUCGUAUUGAGGCUGCCUCACUUCGUAAGCCCGGACCAGAGGACUCUGGAUUGUUCAGUGAGGACAGUGGAAUUGGGGCUGAAAGCGAGUCACUAGCUGGGUCUGAAAGACGACUCCGUUGUGAAAGCUGUGAGUCCACUGGAUCCAGCCGAACCACUCACAGUCCUUUUGGCAUUAAUGCUAGCCCAGUCCAGCAAGGGGCACCAAGGCAAAAGUUUAUUAAGAAAGUGAGCCACAGCAACUCCAUAGACUCAGUGCGCACCAUAAUGGAUAAAGGAUCGGCCUCCUUAGACGAUGGUGAGGAGCAGGGUGAUGAUGAUGAGGGGGAAGAAGAGGGACAAGGUGGCAGGACGCGAUCUAACGCUUCACUAUCUGGUCCUAACCAGCAACCUUGUCGCCUGGUACCCAAGCACAUAGAAAACCCUCAAAAUGUGGAAAUGACCCUGAAAAUGAAAGAUGCCAUAAGUGGUCGGAUUCGAUUUGUUCCCUCACAACGUGACAGUGCCAAAACUAAACCAACAGACAGCCCCAAGACCAGGUGCCAGUGGACAGAGGGGGGAUCACCAAAAAGGCCCCAACGAGCAGCCUCUGUACGGAGGGAAAUUAAAAAGACUCCUGUUCCUAAAGAGCACCGUUCACAGUCUGCAGAAUCCGUUCGCAGCAAAGGUGAAGAUCCAACACUGGUUGAACUAGAGAGGACACAGAAGGAUCUUAGUCAGAGGCUAGAGAGGAUGAGCAAAGGCAGGACGGAGGGGAAUACCAAGGCAGGUCUCACUAAACAGAACCCAGGAGAUUCUGUGACGUCCCCAGCAUCCAAUCGUCUGUGCCCCACCCUGCAGAGGAACAACAACAUUCUUCCAAUCCAGGACAUUGCAGGGCUUAUGAAGCAUGACUCUGGGGAACACAGGGCAGGCAAGGACAUUGAGGAGGAAAAGAAAAAGAAAGACAAGAAAAGCACCAAGGGGCCAUUGAAAGCCACCCCACCACCUAGCCCUACAUUGGGGCCAUUGAAAGCCACCCCACCACCUAGCCCUACAUUGGGGCCAUUGAAAGCCACCCCACCUCCUAGCCCUCCAUUGUCACAUCGUCCAUGCUCAGGACUGUUUCGGGGAAGGAAUUCUGUCAAAAGACUGAUUGACACCUUCAGCCAGGGGGUGGAAGAGCCCAAACAAGAGGCAUCCAAAGUGUUGGGGCCUCUUAAAGGGGUUCGAAAGUGUGGUGUUCACGUUAUGCCUGGAGUAGGUGACAUUGAAGCCAUAAUGAACAGUGGGGUCAGCAGUUGUAGGACAUAUGAUUUGGACCUUGAAAGUCUGCCACCCCCUCCUCUUGAGGUCUUGAUGGACAAUUCCUUUGAAGGUGCACAGAGCCUCACAGUUAGCGAUGUAGAUGAUGGGAUUGCAAGUAGAGGUCGAUCCCCUGUUCCCAAGAGGGCUACAACAUCUCAGAAGAUGCGUGCCUCCAUGCGUUCUGUGUCAGUCCUACCCAGCAGAGGCAACCUGCCCCAGGGUUCUAGCAGCAUGUUUCCUGCCCGGACUGUAAGGCGGGAUAUCUCUGCUAGUUCCAGAGUUAGCCAUGAUGAGCGUCAGCUGGAGGUAGACCCUGAGACAGAGGAGGCGGCCACUCUCUACAAGCAAGCUAGAAAAAUCAUCCACUUGCAGCACUCCUCAGAGUCUCCUAUUGAGAAAGGUCAUGCUGUGCCCAGAAGGUCCUCUCCCAAUCGAGCAGCAUCAGGAGGGAGACAGGGAGAUGACAGUCCUUCUGAGACAGUGCCUCCCACUUCAACCAUCAGUAGCCAACCACCUGCCACCCCGCCUGUAUCUAGAAUCCGAAUGCUGCCUUCCACGCCUUCAACCCCAAGUGGCUUACAUCGAAGAUUACCCAGUCCCACCACCUUCAGAAAGCAGCCUACGCCCCCAUCCACAAACAGCCCUCCGGCCAUUCGCAAACUUCCCACCCCACCACCGCUUCAGAGAAGGCUUCCAAGCCCACCUGCCUCAAGAAAAGUAUUGACCCCAAACUCCAGCUCUUCUGACUCCACACAUUCUUUCAAGGCACCCUCACCACCAACGUCCCCAAGGGUACAAAGAUGGAAACGUGAGAACUGCAGCAAGGACUCCAGCCCAGGUGCUUCAGCUAUCUCUCAGGUGAUCAGUAACGCUCGCUCUGUUUUCUGCCCGGCCUCGUCCUCACUGUUUGAGGCCCAGCCUUGCCCAGUUCCCUGCCCCCCCCAGGCUUGGGCCUCCAUCAGUGGUAGUGUUGUCCCGCUUUCCUGGGGAAAUCGUGGUAGGCUGCCUACGUCUGUGCGAGGACCCAAGCCUUUCAUCCGACGCAGCCACUCGGACAGGAGGCCCAGUCUAAGCCUGCCGUCCAGGGCACCCAUCGUCUCAUUUGCAGAGACUUGUGGGAGUGAGCCGGCCAUCAGCAUACACGGGCUGGAGGACGAGCCAAGCAGAGAAGACGAGUCAUGGGACAGCAAAUCAGAUUUCAGAGGGAAUGCCCACUCUGCCUCGCACCCGGACCUGUGCAUCGUGGGUCAGGGCCUUACAUUAUGAAUAAGGGGCCUGGGUUGGUAGAAGACCAAGCCAGAUUAUGGAUAAACAGAGGAUUUAAGAUUUUGUUUACACUGGGAAGAGAGCAAGUGCUAAUUCAAGAAAGCUUCUUUACCGGGUGGUACCGGUACUAACUACUCCUCCCUUUAAUUUUCUUCAGAGACGUUUUAUCUAUUACGUUCUUUUCAAUGCGGUUUGUUUGUGUGUGCAUUCGUGUGUUUGUAUGUGUAUGUGUGUGCAAAAUAAAAACACAAUUUAUAUAAACACAAAUGCACAAAGACUUUUAUGUUUACCAACUUGCUCCACAUACAGUACACUUAACACAUAGUGAUAAAACAAUCAUAAUGUACAGUUCCUUCCAGACAUACAGUACAUGGUCACUGAAAGAUAAAUGUUUUGCCUUUGAUACAGAUAAAAAAACAUGGAAUAAGACUAUUUAAUUUGCACUUAAGGAUGGUGCAUAAUUUACAUAAUAAUAACCAAAUGUAACUAUAAAGUGUGAUUAUCAAACAAAAUUACAAUGAAAGAAAUAUGACAUAUGUGUAAUCAUAGCCAGCUAUUUGAGAUUUCUUUAUUUUCAGUUGGGGAAAUGUUUUAUAAACUCUUUGUGACACAUUUACAUUAAUGUUGAUCUCCAUCUUUCCUAUUUUGGUUUGUCAAUGUAUUUCUGUUGUUUUUUAACCAUGUUCCCCUAUACAAAUGUUCAUACAUGCACAAAUUUGACUUUGGACUCAAACCCAUACUGUAAUGCAUUUCAUUUUCACAGAAAAAAAUAAAUUUGUUAUUGCUUUUCUCAGAACAUUUCAGUCACAUUCACAUAUUCAGAAAACAAUUGUGUGGCAGAUAUCUUACUUAGCUAUCAUGCAAAUUUGCAUUGGGACAAUUCUUUUUAAUCCUAAAAGAAGCCUAAUAUAAUUAAGCAGAGGCUGUGGAUCUGUAUAUGAAACCAUCCUGUCCUGUCCCUGGAUACCUUUUCCCCAGAGCUGAAGAUACGAAUCACGUUUUGUACAUGUGUUUCUAUACCUCUACUUUACAAACACAUUUUCGUGGUCAUCCUCCCUGAACAUUUCUCACUGUUAAUCAUGAAUGAUAAGUCUUCAAGUUUUACCGUUGACAAGUCCAUGCAGCAUCUGCAUGCCAACCAUUUGAAUGGGGAUAUGCAUUUAUACUGAACAAAAAUAUAAAUGCAACAUGUAAGUGUUGGUCCCAUGUUUCAUGAG